GCACUACCACAUCCAAACGUCUUGAACUUGACAUCAGAGAUAACUCCAUUCUCGUCGACACGAAUCUGCAGUUUCAUAACAUCGCCGCAACUAUUGGGGGAUGCUUAGUCAGACGACGACGAAUGAGAAGAGAGCCAUUAUACUUACGCAGGAGCACCCACAAGACCGGUACCAACGUCAAUGUCAUUCUUGGGGAGGGAGCCGACCUAGAUGAAAGGAGGAGUUAUCAGAUAAUGUGCGAGGGUCUGGGCUGACCAAGACGCACAUUUCUAGGCUUUUCAUAAUGCGAGAUCACUUUUUCAUGGUACCCGCGAGCGAGAAGAGGUCGUGCGGUAACGCGAGAAGCGCGAGGUGCAGCGUUGAGGACAGUUUUAGAGAUCGCAGAGCGGAACAUGGUGAAUGGGGAUGGUGGGUAGAUGAGAAAGGCGUAGACGUUGUCGGCCGGCUUCUGCGAAUGUCAACGAAGGCGGCUGCUAAAGCGGAGCCCUGAUCUAAGAUACACGCACGUGAUCCACUUACAUAACCUGCGUCAUCGCCAAGGGUGCUCGAUUUGGACGUUUCGAAUCUGCCACAACGAAACUUGAGGCCAAACCGUGUUCACUCUCUCUUUGUCCUCGACAGGCCAUCAUGGCUACCUUAGACAACUCACGUCCUCCCACUCCUCCUAAUAAUGGUACAGAAACACCACCCACCGGACUAGGUUACUUCUCUGUUCCGUUCGAGAGAUUCGUGCGCGACGAGAUCUCCGACUGGAGUGGCUUUACACUCUUAGACACGAUGGAGACCUACUUUGAUUCGCGUCUCGAUCUCCUCCAGCGUCAACUGUCGAAACACAGCGAUAGACUAAAGACAAAGGCCGAGGAAACAUUCAACGAUGUCUUUAAGAAAGAUGUUCUCAAGAAAAUCAAAUCACCUUCAGGCGACAAUCUAGACCGGGAGAUGCAGAAGUUCAAGCUGAAGAUGACACAAAGGAUGACCUCCCUUUCAGCAUCCUGGCAGUCUGCUAAGAUUGUCCGGACGCGAGAAAAGGUUACCUUCUUCACCGGCGUGAUGAUUCUGCUCUUUACCGCCCUCGUAUUCGGCAUGGCUCCUCAAUGGAUACAUGUCCUAUAUACCGUACUCGGAUUAUACCUCCUUCCCAUGCGUGCCUACCAAUACAAGAAACGGUCCUGGCAUUAUUUCCUCUUCGACCUAUGCUAUUAUUGCACUAUCCUCAACUUUGUCUUCAUCUGGGUCUUGCCAACCAAUCCUGGGUUAUUCGUUGCAUGUUAUUGUCUGUCGCAUGGCUCAUUAGCUAGCGCAGUGAUAACUUGGCGGAAUAGUCUCGUUUUCCACGACUCGGAUAAAGUCACCUCCUUAUUCGUUCAUAUCUAUGCACCUCUCACUUUCACCGUUAUCCGGCAUUUCUAUCCAAAUGCACAAGAUCGCUUCCCUGCACUGAAGGAAGUGCAUCACCUCCCACCUUUCCGUGCAUUGCUCCUCAGUAGUAUCAUCUAUACCAUCUGGCAAUUGCUCUAUUGGAAGUUUGUCUUGAUCAACCGAAGAAAGAAGAUCGAAUCUGGACAACGGACAACGUCUUUCUCCUACUUGCUGAAUGACAAGAGAGGUAUCAUUGGGCGCGCAUUGUCAACUGUCCCUAUCCAGUAUCGCGAGGUCUCGUUCAUGCUCGGCCAGUUAGUGUAUUCGAUCCUUACUGAGCUGCCAGCCGUCUUCGUACUCUAUGACUCUCCAUUCUGGAGUGGCGCAUACCUUCUAUUGCUCUUUUCAGUGAGUGUAUGGAAUGGUGGUGGAUUUUACAUUGAAGUAUUCGGCCGGAAGUUUGAACGAGAACUUGAAGCCUUGCGGAAGGAACUCGCUGAAGCGACUACAAAUGCACGAUCGACACAGUCCAGUCCAACCCUGGGACCACAAAGCGACGAUGAAUUGUCGACCAUUGCUGGUACACCAUAUAUUAGCGGCAAAGUCCUCUCUCCCUACGCUUCUUGCCCGGAUCUACCCUCAGAGACUAUUCCGACUGAAGAGAAGAAAGACCAAUAAACCACACCGAUUUCCCAUAGAUUCCCCAAUUUCCUCGAAUGCUAACGAUUCUUGUGACCUUGAUGACCCCUAAUGAUAUACUCCUUUCUCGCUCUUGGACUGUAGGAUAGAAGAUUCUCCAUCAUGACCAUCAUCGCUGUAUGUCUGUUGCUUCAAUAUUGUAUUUCUUGCUACCCUCUGUAAUCUCAGCUCUGGCACAACACUAUCCACUUUUAUGCCCCCUCUUACGAUGUUACCUCGCUUUUACCAAUAUAGAUCUACUUUACUCUUCGCUUUUGGUUUUUGAAUCUCAAGUUGUGGUGCUUGACAUGCAAAGCGUGUUUUCCCUGCAAUUGCUGCCGAGUUGUGGAUCCAAGCGCGAUCGGGACACGAUCGAGUAGAAAGGGGCUUCAAAGUCUGUCAUGGUUCAAACGUUCAACCACUGACUGACCAGGUAUGCACCCCCGGAGAAUGUAUCACAAUGUAUUACUUUAAGAAAUGAUGCCACAAGGG